AUGUCAUUGAACCUCACGGACAGUGCCGUCGCGAUCGUCGACCCACCUCACAAUGCCAUCGAGAAAGAUCCGCUCGCCGGACAAGGCAAGGAAGCACUCAAGGACGUAGCAUUCGGUUCCCUGGCAGGCAUCGUGGGAAAGUUCAUUGAAUACCCCUUCGACACCGUCAAGGUGCGGCUACAGUCACAGCCCGACCACCUACCGCUGCAAUACACAGGACCGCUAGACUGUUUCAAGCAGUCUCUGCGCCGCGAUGGAUUUCUGGGCUUGUACAGAGGGAUCAGCGCACCGCUCGUCGGUGCUGCGGUUGAGACGAGCAGUCUCUUCUUCAGUUACCGAAUCGCGCAAGAUGUUCUACAAGCAACAGUGCUUCCAGCAUCUGAGCCUCUGCCGUUCAACGCGCUGCUGGUCUGCGGCGCAGCAUCCGGCGCAUUCACGUCCCUCCUCCUGACUCCCAUCGAGCUCAUCAAGUGCAAGAUGCAGGUACCGCUCGAGACCGCGGGUGCAUCAAUGCGGCGGUCAGGCCCACUUGCGCUCAUCGCAUCUGUGUACCGUCAUCAAGGCUUGCUAGGCUUUUGGCACGGACAGCUGGGCACCCUCAUCCGCGAGACGGGUGGAUCGGCGGCCUGGUUCGGUAGCUACGAAGGCGUGAGUUUGUUGUUCCGCAGGAUGCGCCAGGACGCCAGAGACGCGCCGCUCCCGAUCCACCAGCAGAUGACGGCAGGCGCGGCUGCUGGUAUGAGCUACAAUUUCAUGUUCUACCCAGCGGACACCAUCAAGUCUCGGAUGCAGACGGAGGAUGUUAGAGACCUGGCUGGAGGGAGACGUACAUUCUGGGCUGCCGCGAGGUCUUUAUGGCAGCAGCAGGGUCUAAAGGGUUUGUAUAGAGGCUGCGGCAUCACCGUCGCCAGGUCUGCCCCAAGCUCGGCGUUCAUAUUCACGAUUUACGAGGCGCUUCGGCGGCGAUUCGCGUGA